AUGGGAAGCUCUCAAUCAUCUGUCAAGGAGAGUGUCCCUGAAGACCUCGAGUGCCUUCCACCAUUGUGGGAAGCACCAGCCACAGAGUCGUCGGCCAAUACCACCCAGUUUCCUCUCGUCAAAUAUGACAAGGAAUAUAUUGCCACCACUCUCGGUGCCACUUUUGGAGGUUCUUCGUUGAGCGUGGACACCAGCAAGCGCAAGUUGGUGCUACAAUCAGGUGACAAAGUAUUGGGCGUCGCCAAGCGAUGCGGUCGCGCUUUCCACGUCUUUCGAAUGGAACCCAACUAUCCAGGGCAACGAGCUACUGAUAAACUCCAACGAGCAGGAAAUGCCCCGCUCUACUUCCAUACUCAAGUGAGACGACAAGGAAAAGAAACCACGGUGUUCCAGCUUCAAAACAAGCAAAUGUAUCAAAUCAGAUCGGGACCACGCAUGUCGUUGGAAAAGUAUUGCACCGACCCAGAAACCGGGGAAGAUUGCGCCAUGUGGAAGUACAGAGGGAAGAGGAAUCAUGUGGAGAUUUUUGGUCAAGACAUGGACGUGGGCCUUUUCAUUUUGUUGGUGAUCAUUGCUGACUGUUUUGACGUUGAUGCUGUCCUGGACAAGGCCAUGGUUGCAGCAAUUGUCGGAUGA